AUUAGAAGCAUCUUCAAGUGGUUCGAUAGUUCGAGAAAGCUCCAGCGGCAACGACCGCGCUAAUUUGAAGCUCUCGUGAUAUCCCAGAACCCUCUCUAUUAUGUAAACGGGUUUUUAUACAAGAGAAGUCUCUUGACUUUCUUAAACUUCUUUUUUCCUAUUGUCAAAUUUCCAACCACCAAAAUUUCUCACCAUGUUAGCGAGAAGUCAACUUUUAAAGUCUUCGCGACGGGUCGCUGAUGCGACGUCGAGGGGACUUACACGAUUAAACACAGCACCUUCGCUACUCUCAAGAGCUGCGCUUAUUAGCACAGCAAAAAGCUUAUCUAAUGUCACCAUACCUGCUCCCACAUACCGAAGCUACGCAAAUGGCAGACCUCAACCGCCGGGUGGUACGCACCGGAUGAAUAUGGGCGGCGAGCCCGAGAAACCGGCCUUAGAACAAUUCGGUAUCGAUCUCACCGCGAAAGCCAAGGAUGGCCAAUUAGACCCUGUUAUUGGUAGGGACGCCGAAAUUCAACGUACCAUCCAAGUCCUGUCGCGACGAACGAAAAACAAUCCGGUUUUAAUCGGAAGCGCAGGAACAGGAAAAACCGCUAUUCUAGAGGGUUUGGCGUUGCGGAUAGUAAGGGGUGAUGUCCCGGAGAGCAUAAAGAAUAAAAGGGUUAUAUCACUGGACUUGGGAUCGCUCAUUGCUGGCGCCAAGUUUCGAGGUGACUUUGAAGAGCGAUUAAAGAAGGUAUUAACCGAGGUUCAAGAAGCUCAUGGAGAAGUCAUCUUGUUCAUUGAUGAACUGCAUACUCUUCUUGGCCUUGGAAAAGCUGAGGGCUCCAUCGACGCUUCGAAUCUCCUGAAACCAGCUCUGUCAAGAGGAGAAUUGCAAUGCUGUGGUGCUACUACUCUUGCCGAAUACCGAUUAAUCGAGAAGGACGUGGCAUUGGCUAGACGAUUUCAGCCAAUUCUAGUCAACGAGCCCUCAGUGGAAGACACAAUCAGUAUAUUGCGAGGUAUCAAGGAAAAGUAUGAAGUGCAUCACGGUGUCAGAAUCACGGAUGGAGCCCUUGUGGCGGCCGCAACGUAUUCAAAUCGUUACAUCACAGAUCGUUUCCUGCCCGACAAAGCUAUUGAUCUAAUGGACGAGGCUGCAAGUUCCUUGCGUCUGCAACAAGAGAGCAAGCCCGAAGACAUCAUGCGACUCGAUCAGAAGAUAAUGACCAUUCAAAUCGAGCUAGAAAGUUUGCGGAAAGAGAAGGACAUCGCGAGUCGCGAACGUAGAGAAAAGCUUGAAGAAGAUCUGAAGAAGUACCAGGAAGAAGAAGCGGCCUUAACGAAAAGGUGGGAAAAGGAACGAGGGGAGAUUGAUGCUCUAAAGAAGGUUCAAGGAGAACUAGACAAGGCACGCAUCGAACUUGACCAAGCGCAGAGAUCCGGAAAUUUUGCCAGGGCAUCUGAACUGCGCUUCGGCGUCAUCCCUAAUCUAGAGAAGAAACUCCCCAAGGACGGCGAACAGGCUUCUUCGGCGCAAGGCCCAGACACCCUGAUCCAUGACUCGGUAACGGCUGAUGACAUAGCUAAUGUUGUCUCGAGAAUCACCGGAAUACCCGUGGCUAAGCUGACGUCCGGACACGUCGAGAAGCUGAUACACAUGGAAGAGACGCUCCGAGAAUCAGUCCGUGGACAAGAUGAAGCCCUCAAAGCCGUCGCGGACGCCGUGCGUAUGCAACGAGCUGGUCUGAGCGGAGACAACCGCCCGCUCGCUUCGUUCUUCUUCCUCGGCCCCACCGGCGUUGGUAAAACCGAGCUAUGUAAAAAGCUUGCCGGAUUCUUGUUCUCGACCGAGUCGGCAGUUGUGAGAUUCGACAUGAGCGAGUUCCAGGAGAAGCACACGAUAUCAAGGCUCAUCGGUGCCCCGUCCGGGUAUGUGGGUUACGAUGAUGCUGGCCAGCUUACAGAAGCCGUGAGGAGAAAGCCGUAUGCCGUCCUACUAUUCGACGAAUUCGAGAAGGCGCAUCGCGACAUCUCAGCCCUGCUCCUUCAAGUCCUUGACGAAGGCUACCUGACCGACGCCCAAGGCCACAAGGUAGACUUCCGGAACACGAUCAUCGUCCUGACAUCGAACCUCGGCGCCGAUAUCCUCGUCGGCGCUGACGCGCACCAUCCGUACAGCGAAACGGCCGACGGCGAGAUCAGCCCCGACGUGCGCAAGGCCGUGUUGGACGUAGUCGCCGCCAGCUACCCGCCCGAGUUCCUCAACAGGAUCGACUCGUUCAUCGUCUUCAAGCGGCUCACGCUCGACGCGCUGCGGGACAUCGUCGACAUCCGGCUGCGCGAGCUCCAGGAGCGGCUCGACGACCGCCGCAUCACGCUCCAGGUCGGCGACGAGGUGCGCAACUGGCUCGCCGAGCGCGGGUACGACCCCAAGUUCGGCGCGAGGCCGCUGAACCGCCUCAUCACCACCGAGAUCAGCAACGGCCUCGCCGACAAGAUCAUCCGCGGCGAGCUGAAGAGGGGAGAUAGGGCCGUGGCGCGCGUCAAGGAGGAUAAUUCGGGCUUGGAAGUAUUCCCCGUCCCGGCGGAGACGGAGGCGGGACAGAAUGAAUCCGGAUCUUCGUGAUUUGCAAUGCGCUUGUUCAGCAUAGGAGGGCGUUUAUUUGGUUUGGCGAGGAAACAAAAAUGGGAAUAGGGCUUUGAAAAUAAAAAGGAUUCAGGGGGUGUAAAAUAUGUGCGAUGACGCACGGGUAAACGAUUGUAUGAUGAUGAAAAUAUAUAUACCUUAGUAGGUACUAAACAGGGCCUCUCGUCUCAGAUUGUAUAUACUGCAUAUAUUGCUACUUGCCUCGUAGGUGCCUAGUAUUUAAUGUUGAUAUUCCACUCGAACUAUAA